CCCCCCCGGGUCCGCCCCUCCGGAACCCGGAAGCUGGAGCGCGCGGGGGAGCGGCGGGCGCGGCGGGGCGGAGCGGCCAGACUAGCAGCGGGCUGGCGGCCGGGCGGGGACCUGGCCGGGGACCGGCGGCGCGCGGCGGCCGAGGCCCAGCUCCAGGACGCGCGCCCCGAGCCCGGGAGGCAUGCUGAGGCCAGGCUGCCGGCAGGAUGAGUGUGAACGAGGCGGGCAGCGCCGGCCGCCGGGGGCAGGCAGCAUACCACCUGCACAUCUACCCGCAGCUGGCCACCAGCGAGAGCCAGGCCCCACCCCUGGCCUCAUGCCGCGUGCCGGCCACCAAGGACAGCACCACGUCCGACGUCAUCCAGGACGCCGUCGCCCGCCUGCAGCUGGACGGCAGCAAGCGCUACGUGCUGGUGGAGGUCAAGGAGACGGGUGGGGAGGAGUGGGUGCUGGACGCCAGCGACUCGCCCGUGCACCGCGUGCUGCUGUGGCCACGGCGGGCGCACGACGAGCACCCUCGGGAGGACGGCUACUACUUCCUGCUGCAGGAACGCGACCCCGACGGGACCAUCAAGUACUUGCACAUGCAGCUUGCCUCCCAGGCCACGGCCACUCGGCGCCUGGUGGAGCGCGGCCUCCUGCCCCGGCCACAGGCGGACUUUGACGACCUGUGCAACCUCCCCGAGCUGACGGAGGAGAACCUCCUGAAGAACCUCAGACACCGCUUCCUGCAGCAGAAGAUCUACACGUAUGCCGGCAGCAUCCUUGUAGCCGUCAACCCCUUCAAGUUCCUCCCCAUCUACAACCCGAAGUACGUGAAGAUGUACGAGAACCAGCAGCUGGGCAAGCUGGAGCCUCAUGUGUUCGCGCUGGCCGAUGUGGCCUACUAUGCCAUGCUCCGAAAGCACAUCAACCAGUGCAUCGUCAUUUCCGGCGAGAGCGGCUCAGGCAAGACGCAGAGCACCAACUUCCUGAUCCACUGCCUCACCGCCCUGAGCCAGAAGGGCUACGCCAGCGGUGUCGAGAGGACCAUCCUCGGCGCUGGCCCCGUGCUGGAGGCUUUUGGAAAUGCUAAAACAGCCCACAACAACAAUUCCAGCCGAUUUGGGAAAUUCAUCCAGGUCAACUACCUGGAGAGCGGCAUCGUGCGAGGAGCGGUUGUCGAAAAGUACCUGCUUGAAAAGUCUCGCCUGGUCUCUCAGGAGAAGGAUGAGAGGAACUACCACGUGUUUUAUUAUUUGUUACUUGGCGUCAGCGAGGAAGAGCGUCGGGAAUUUCAGCUCAAGCAGCCUGAAGAUUAUUUCUACCUCAACCAGCAUAACUUGAAGAUCGAAGAUGGAGAGGACCUGAAGCAUGACUUUGAAAGACUCAAGCAGGCCAUGGAGAUGGUGGGCUUCCUUCCUGCCACCAAGAAGCAGAUUUUUUCCAUCCUCUCGGCCAUCUUGUACCUAGGCAACAUCACUUACCGGAAGAGAGCCACGGGCCGAGACGAAGGCCUGGAGGUCGGGCCCCCCGAGGCGCUGGACACGCUGUCGCAGCUCCUGAAGGUGAAGCGAGAAAUCUUAGUGGAAGUUCUGACCAAAAGAAAAACAGUGACCUCCAACGACAAACUCAUCCUUCCCUAUAGUCUCAGUGAGGCCAUCACCGCCCGUGACUCCAUGGCCAAGUCACUGUACAGCGCUCUGUUCGAUUGGAUCGUGCUGCGGAUCAACCAUGCUCUCCUCAACAAGAAGGACAUGGAAGAGUCUGUCUCGUGCCUGUCUAUCGGAGUCCUCGACAUCUUUGGGUUUGAAGACUUCGAGAGGAACAGUUUUGAGCAGUUCUGUAUCAACUACGCCAACGAGCAGCUCCAGUAUUACUUCAACCAGCACAUUUUCAAGCUAGAGCAGGAGGAGUACCAGAGCGAAGGGAUCUCUUGGCACAACAUCGACUACACAGACAACGUGGGCUGCAUCCACCUGAUCAGCAAGAAGCCCACCGGCCUCUUCUAUCUGCUGGACGAAGAGAGCAACUUUCCACACGCCACGAGCCAGACUCUGCUGGCCAAGUUCAAACAGCAGCACGAGGACAACAGAUACUUCCUCGGCACCCCCGUCAUGGAGCCGGCCUUCAUCAUCCAGCACUUUGCAGGGAAGGUGAAAUAUCAGAUCAAGGACUUCCGAGAGAAGAACAUGGACUACAUGCGGCCAGACAUCGUGGCCCUCCUGCGGGGCAGUGACAGCUCCUAUGUGCGGGAGCUCAUCGGCAUGGACCCCGUGGCCGUGUUCCGCUGGGCGGUGCUCCGGGCCGCCAUCCAGGCCAUGGCCGUGCUCCGGGAGGCUGGGCGCCUGCGGGCCGAGAGAGCUGAAAAGGCUGCAGCAGGUCUGGACAGCUCUGGUGCCCAAGGUCACCUGGGAGAACUACAGAGAGGAGCCAGCACCCCGUCAGAAAAACUGUACCGCUGCUCAAUGCUAGAUUUCUCAUUUGACGGCUCUGAGGAGUUCGAUAUUAACGCUUUUGAAGACAUCAUUGCUUUCUAUGAAAGCAAGAACGAUUUGCAUGACCAAAUCAUCCGGAGUAUCAAAGGAUUGCCCUGGCAGGGUGACGACCCCCGUAAGCUUCUCCAGUCCCUCAAUCGGCUCCAGAAACCCCGCACCUUCAUCCCGAAAAGUAAAGGUAUCAAACAAAAGCAGAUCAUUCCAAAGAACCUGCUGGACUCCAAAUCCCUGAAGCUGAUUAUCAGUAUGACCCUGCAUGACCGUACCACCAAGUCUCUGCUACACCUGCACAAGAAGAAGAAGCCACCCAGCAUCAGUGCCCAGUUCCAGACUUCCCUGAAUAAGCUCCUGGAGACACUAGGGAAGGCAGAGCCCUUCUUCAUCCGCUGUAUCCGCUCCAACGCCGAGAAGAAAGAGCUGUGUUUCGAUGAUGAGCUGGUGCUGCAGCAGCUGCGCUACACCGGCAUGCUGGAGACGGUGCGGAUUCGCAGGUCAGGCUACAGCGCCAAGUACACGUUCCAGGAUUUCACGGAGCAGUUCCAGGUGCUUCUCCCGAAGAAUGCCCAGCCCUGCAGGGAGGUCAUCUCUGCCCUGCUGGAGAAGAUGGACAUAGACAAGAGGAGCUACCAGAUCGGCAAGACCAAGGUCUUCCUGAAGGAGACCGAGCGGCAGGCCCUGCAGGAGACACUGCACCAGGAGGUCGUGCGGAAGAUCCUGCUGCUGCAGAGCUGGUUCCGGAUGGUGCUGGAGCGCAGGCACUUCCUGCAGAUGCGGCAGGCGGCCAUCACGAUCCAGGCCUGCUGGCGGUCCUACCGCGUCCGCCGGGCACUAGAGAGGAUGCAGGCGGCUGUGUUCCUCCAGGCCGCGUGGAGGGGCUACCGGCAGCGGGCUGCCUACCAGCGCCAGAGACAGAGCAUCAUCCGCCUCCAGAGCCUCUGUCGGGGGCACCUGCAGCGCAAGAGCUUCAGCCGGAUGGUGGAGGAGAAGCAGAAAGCUGAAGAGAAGGAGAGGGAAGCCGAGCAAGCUGCGAAGAAGGAAACCGCCGAGGCCGGGCUGGCCCAGGCAGCUGGGCCAGAACCCGAGCAGGGCCUAGAACCCUCCACGGAGGGCGAGCCUUUGGAUCUGGAGCCCGAGGUGUGGCUCAGCGAUGGGGCUCCCCCAGCCGAGAGCUGCCAACGUGAGAAGGAGGUCCCAAGCGUGGAGAAGGCGCCCCCAACCCAGAAACACGCGGCUGAAGGUCGCGAGAAAGUGCCCCGCAGCCGAGAGAAACGUGAGUCACGGCGACAGCGGGGGCUGGAGCACGUGAAGCUCCAGAACAAGCACAUCCAGUCCUGCAAGGAUGAGCACACCCUCAGAGAACUUUCUGGAAAGGCUGUCCCAGGGUCAGAGGAGAGCCUCCUGGAAGACAGAAAGGAGGGCAGGGAAGAUGAAAGCCCUUCGGAUGCCAGGACUGAGAUGGAGAUGGUGGCUCCCAAGAAGCAGCCUCAGGUGCCCCCACAGGCCACGCCGAGCAGCCUGGACUCGGGAGCAGCCCAGGCCGGGAGCUCCAGGCCCAGCCACGAGGAACGACCCACCAGCCUGGCCCUGGACAGCAGGGUCACCGUGCUGGGUCCCAGUGCCACCCCGGAGACCCCCAAGGACAAGAGCAAGCCGGGGAUCGGCCCCAGGGCCCAGGAGAGGCCUGACAGUCCUGGAGGCUCCACACAGAUUCAGCGGUACCGGGAUCCUGACACUGAGCGGCUGGCCAACGCUGUGGAGCUGUGGCGGGGCAAAAAACUAAUGACCACGGGCAGCAACACCAUGCUGAGUCAGUCCCUGGACCUCAGCGACCGGCACCGGGCCGUGGGGGCCACCCUCACGCCCACAGAGGAGAGGCGCGUUUCCUUUUCCACGAGUGACAUCUCCAAGCUCCUCCUGUCCCCAUCCCAGACCAAGACUCAGCCUUCUGCAGAAACAGAUGGGGAGCCCAGCACGAAGAAGCUGGCCAUCCAGAAAAAGAAGUCGGCCGACGCAGCCUCAGGGACAGACGCCAGCCUGUCCCCAGGCUCCGCCGAGUCUAAAUCCACGUUUAAGAGACUUUUCCUUCACAAGAACAAGGAUAAGAAAUUCAGCGCCGAGGGUGGAGAAGAGACAGAGAGCGCCAUACUCGGGCAAGCCAUCCUGGAAGCUGCCACCACAAAGAAGAAUCUAGAAGUCCCCUCCAGCCACCAGCACCGUCAUGCCACAGGUGAGAAGCACCCCAAGGAGCCAGGAGGCAAAGGGAAGAAGAACCGAAACCUCAAGAUUGGUAAAAUCACGGUGUCGGAGAAAUGGCGCGAGUCCGUGUUCCGCAAGAUCACCAACGCCAAUGAGCUCAAGUACCUGGAUGAAUUCCUACUCAACAAGGUGAAUGACCUGCGUUCCCAGAAGACUCCCAUUGAAAGCUUAUUCAUCGAAGCCACCGAGAAGUUCCGGAGCAACCUCAAGACCAUGUACUCCGUGCCUAACGGGAAGAUCCACGUGGGCUACAAGGACCUCAUGGAGAACUACCAGAUCGUCGUGAGCAACCUGGCAGCUGAGCGUGGCGAGAAGGACACCAACCUGGUCCUCAACCUCUUCCAGUCGCUGCUGGAUGAGUUCACCCGUGGGCACACCAAGAACGACUUCGAGCCUCCCAAGCAGAGCAAAGCUCAGAAGAAAAAGCGGAAGCAGGAACGCGCUGUCCUGCAGCACAAUGGGCACGUGUUUGUCAGCUACCAAGUGAGCAUCCCCCAGUCCUGUGAGCAGUGCCUCUCCUACAUCUGGCUUAUGGACAAGGCCCUGCUCUGCAGCGUGUGCAAGACCACCUGCCACAAGAAGUGUAUGCACAAGAUUCAGGCCUGCUCCAUCGUAUGCGGGAAGAAGACCGACCCAGGCGCUGAGUCGGGCCACUUUGGCGUGUGCGUGGACAGCCUGACCAGCGACAAGGUCUCAGUGCCCAUCGUGCUGGAGAAGCUUCUGGAACACGUGGAGAUGCACGGCUUGUACACUGAGGGCCUCUACCGCAAGUCGGGUGCCGCCAACCGCACAAGGGAGCUCCGGCAGGCGCUGCAGACAGACCCCAUGGCAGUCAAACUGGAGAACUUCCCCAUCCAUGCCAUCACCGGGGUGCUCAAGCAGUGGCUGCGGGAGCUGCCCGAGCCGCUCAUGACCUUCGCCCAGUAUGGUGAUUUCCUCCAUGCCGUCGAGCUCCCAGAGAAGCAGGAGCAGCUGGUUGCCAUCUACGCCGUCCUGGAGCACCUGCCAGAAGCCAACCACAACUCCCUGGAGCGGCUCAUCUUCCACUUGGUCAAGGUGGCCCUGCUCGAGGACGUGAACCGCAUGUCACCCAGCGCGCUGGCCAUCAUCUUUGCACCCUGCCUCCUGCGAUGCCCCGACAACUCAGACCCCCUGAUCAGCAUGAAGGAUGUCCUCAAAAUCACCACGUGCGUGGAGAUGCUGAUCAAAGAACAGAUGAGAAGGUACAAAGUGAAGAUGGAGGAGAUCAACCAGCUGGAGGCUGCUGAGAGCAUGGCCUGCCGAAGACUUUCUCUGCUGCGCCAGAAUGCUCCAUGGCCUCUCAAACUGGGGUUUUCGUCUCCCUAUGAGGGGGUCCUGAUUAAGAACCCCAAGGCCCGGGGGAGCAGCAGCAGUGGCCCGGAGGAGCUUGGGGUGCUGCAGGAGGAGGAAGCAGCUGGUGGCGAUGAGGAUCGGGAGAAGGAGAUCCUAAUCGAGCGGAUCCAGUCCAUCAAAGAGGAGAAGGAGGACAUCACAUAUCGGCUGCCAGAGCUGGACCCUCGGGGCUCCGAUGAGGAGAACCUGGAUUCAGAGACAUCGGCCAGCACCGAGAGCCUGUUGGAAGAGCGGGCUGGGCGGGGGGCCUCGGAAGGGCCCCCUGCGCCUGCUCUCCCCUGCCCCGGCGCGCCCACCCCGAGCCCCCUCCCUGAGGCGGCCGCCCCUCCUCGACGAAGGCCGUUGUCCUUCAUGACGGUCAGAGUGAAGACCCCCCGGCGGACCCCGAUCAUGCCCACGGCCAACAUCAAGCUUCCGCCUGGCCUGCCCUCCUAUCUCCCUGGCCGGGCGCCUGGUACCCAGGAAGCUGCCACCAUGGUGAGGCGCCGAGAGCCACCGGCCCGCCGCCCAGACCAGGUACACUCCGUGUAUAUCACACCAGGCACUCACCUGCCCAUUCAGGGCCCUCAGGAGCCCCUGGACAAGGAUGACCGGCCACCUGGGGCCAAGCGGAGGUAUUCGGAUCCCCCAACCUACUGCCUGCCCUCUUCCUCGGGCCAGGCCAAUGGCUGAGGGCCCUCAGCUGCCAGCAUCCGCACAUCCAAGGGUGGCCCAGUCCCCGAGCUGGGCACCAGAGCUCCAGAGCCAGCAUUCAGCAAUCUGAGAAGGAUCCAGAAUGGAAAGCUCCGAGAGUGAUGUGAGGUGGGCACUGGCUCCAAGUGAAUUCAGGCGGGGGAGAGGCCGGCUGAGGCCUGGCCACCCUUGCUGAGCCCCCACGUCACACUGAGGCGCCCGAUCAGAGCACCGAAUCAUGGCAGGCAGCCCAGCAUCUCCCAACUCCCCUUUUGUACGUUUUCAAGGUCACUGUUUCUUUGUGUGUGGUUUACAUAAGUUUAAACUGUAACAGCCUUAACAGAAGACCAAAUUGUUUUUAUAUGUGUAUGUACAAACUUUUAUAUUAACUCCCUGCAUCUUCCUUAUAACCUGGAUGUGAGUCUUCAGAGCAAGCCCACACAGCCGCCAAGCUUCGGAGGCUCAGACCCACGCUGAGGGACAGCUGAGGGGGCCGAGGGCAAGGACUCUGCAUGAGGGGUUUGGACACUUGUGGCCCCUGACUGCCCCAUACUGCGGCCCGGCCAGUGGCUAUCUGGCCCAUUCAAGGGAACAGUGGAGCCUUCCGUGGUGAUCAAGACUGUUGGCUAGAGCCAGGACACACGGUGGUAGGCAGCCUCCACUCCAGGCACCACAGACCUCACAUUAUUCCAGGGAUACGCGAAUGUGGCCAUCACUCCUCGGUCUGUUGUGCCCCGGACAGAGAAGACCACCUUGGCACUGCCCGCCCCAUGUGGCAGAACAGGAGCCCGUAACUCAGGACCGUUCACAGGUGGGGAGGGCAAGGCCUGGGCUUGUGUGUCUCUGCAAAUCUACAGUGACAGUCUGGGCAUCUGCAGAGAGGGGGAUUCCCCUCUCAGGCUCAGCCCACUCUCCCAGCACCUGGACACACGGUGCCAGGUCUUGGACAAGAGACACCCACAGGCCAUGUGAAAUAAAGAAAAAGUGCCUAAGA